AUGUCUAGCCACUUGCCUAAUUAUAAGGGUGGACAAGAGAAAAAACUUGCGUUGAAGAUCCUCGGGGGUGAUCCGACAAGUCUAAAGAACUUUCCUUUCAAUGUGUUUUUCCUUAAUUAUGCCGGAGUUUGUUCCGGUGUUAUAUUAACCAGUAAACUAGUGCUUACAGCCGCGCAUUGCCUCGAUGUGAACUAUAAUAUUUUAGAAAUGCGAAUAUAUGCAAACUCAAGAUAUUUUUUUGAUCAUAAGGCCGACGUGCACGAAGUAUCGAGAUUCAUCAUACAUGUGCGAUACAAUAUACCGGUGAAGUUUUCUAACGACCUCGCCAUGUUGAUCAUUUCUGACCAGUUUCGGUUUAAGCCCACUGUCAAAAAGGCUUGGAUAGCCACACACGAGCGAUGGAUGCGAGAAAAUGAAACACGGUUUUAUGUUUCCGGAUGGGGGGAGAUAGACAAUGUGGGUACAGACAACAAGAGAGGGCUUUUGAAUGCUUUCAUGACGUAUGUGCCGCAAUACAAAUGCGAAGAGCUGACGGAUAUACGUUUGUCGAGGGAAAUGUUCUGCUUAUGGGGCAAUGGAAAACGAGAUACGUGUCGUGGCGAUUCCGGAGGAGGCGUCUUGUGGAAUGGAAUGGUGGUGGGAAUUGUAUCGUUUGGAGGCGUAUGCGGCGGACAUCCGGGUGUCUAUGUCAACUUGUAUCGUGCUCGCGAGUGGAUGAACGAAGCCGCUCGUUACUUGAUCCAGGAGUUUUGCAAAGUUAAUGACAAAAUAAAAUUGAAGUGCUAGAAAAAGAUGGUAUUGUUUUGAUUUUGGUUCGGUGCGAAAAUUACGUACGGCUACAAAAUGGAUCAAAAAUUGUAUUUAGAUACCUUAUAAAAAUAAAAAAAUCGUAACAAUUGUAAAAAUAACCAGAGGGAUUAUGGGUUAUAGGUACACCGACUAUACUCACUUAUAUCAAAAAAUAUCCUCUUCUGUUUUUUGUGUAUUUGUCCUAUUUGUUAAGUAUGUUUAUAUUGGUGCAAUAAAAUGUUUUGAAUUGAAUUGAAAUAUUAAGAUUUUUAGAGAUUGUCAUCGGUGUGGAAUACAAUUCAAAUGCAAGAACAAGAUGAACGCAGUGUUCGUAGGCACUUCAUGUAAGUACCUAGGCAUUGACGACCGGUUUGACUAUGUCGAUAAUUGAACGUUCUAUUCUAGUUCAAUUUAUAUAAGUGAAACCAAACGCCUGCGUAGUUUAACGACCAAAUCACCAGAGUCUAUCUUGAUUACAUUUUUAAUUGAGUUAUAAAAGCACCUAUAAAAUUAAUCAACGAAACGUAAGGCGUAGGAUUCCAAGCUUAAGAUCUACUUAUGGAUUAUUUCACUGGAUAGUGUGAAUGUCUCAAUAACUAUGAGACUGGAAAUUAUAUAUUGUUAUAUUUUGUGUAUAUUACCUUUAUACUGUAUGGCUAAUAAGGUUCUUAAGGUUCUUAGAGUUAAAAUUAUGCCUCCGGACAAGCAUGUAGGCAAAAUUGUAGGAGGCAAUCCAGUGCCCAUUGAGAAGUUCCCAUCUGCAGCGUUAGUAUUCAACUUGGGGUCAUUGUGUUCUGGGACCAUACUGAACAGCUGGACCACACUAUCUGCUGCGCACUGCUUCGAUCACAGCACGGAAGUUCAUUAUAUGACAGUUCAUGUCGGCGCAAGACAUAGACGCGACUACAAGGCAGAAGUACAUAAUGUAGCUUCAUUGAAAAUACAUGAAGACUAUAACAAAGUCAUGCCUUUUGCAUGUGACAUAGCAUUAAUAUUCGUCGAGGAGCCAUUUGAUUUCCGAGCAAAUGUACAAAAGGCUAUUUUAGUUGGAAAUAAUACAUGGAUGAACGAACGGGAGAAGGAAUUCCAUGUGACUGGAUGGGGUUUCAUAAAAUAUUCCGGUGACUUAUCUCAAGUAGGAUUGUUGCUGACUACUAUGCAGUUUGUCUCACGAGAAAAAUGCGGCCAAAUGCACAAUCUAGAUCUCUCUCGAGACAUGUUUUGUCUGUAUGGGGACGGGGAACGCGACAGCUGCACUGGAGACUCUGGUGGAGGAGUCAUGUGGAAUGGAAUGUUAGUUGGAGUAGUAUCCCACGGCGAUGGAUGUGCAUUGAAGAAUAAACCAAGCAUCUACAGCAACGUAUAUUAUUUGAGAAACUGGAUCCGAGACAACAUACAAGCAUACUUCGAUGCCUACUGUAGGGACAAUAGAAAAAGGAAAAACAUAUUACGCCGAAUUCAAACAACGAAGAAUAUCACGGGCAUAGAUAUUUUGUAAACACAUAAUUUUGUAUUUGAUUUGAGUUUUUGUUACUAAAAAUAUAAUUAAAAAUUACGGUAUAAAUCGAGUAAAAAUUUCAGACUGCGCCCACUACAGGCACAAUGGUCACUUCGCCUAAAUACCCAUGUAAAUGCCGUUGUGUAAUAUAAACUAUAACUAAAAACUUGUAACUA